ACAAUCGUCGACUGAGACGAGCAGCGAACUCCAGUGCCGUGUCCUCUACCGUCACUCGUGAAGAUCGGCGCGGGCGUCGGGACAAAAUCACGCCGCCGCAGUGAAAACAGCGCAAUGCUUCGGACUGUGCUGGUAGCGCGCAACGAACUGGGCCGUGCCCCUAGUCGCUGCAAGCGUUUCGUCCGAGCCGCCAGCGUGCUCUGCCUGGAAAGGAGGGACGUAAAUCCCAGCAACCGGCUGAUUGCACAGAGCCCUAGGAUCCUACUGAAGCCCAAGUUCAAGGAUGGCGUGGCGCGACGGAUGUACAGCGCAGAUUUGCCCCGGCACUUACGAGUACAGCUGCCAGCGCUGUCACCAACCAUGGAGAUGGGCACCAUCGUGAGCUGGGAAAAGAAGGAAGGUGACAAGCUGGGUGAGGGAGACCUGCUGUGCGAAAUUGAGACAGACAAGGCUACGAUGGGCUUCGAGACACCUGAAGAAGGAUACUUGGCCAAGAUCGUCAUCCCCGCCGGCACUAAGGACGUGCCACUCGGAAAGCUCCUAUGCAUUCUGGUGUUCAACGAGGAAGACGUCGCUGCUUUCAAGAGCUUCGUUGACGAUGGCGCUGCCGUCCCGCCCCCACCUAAAGCAGCAGCCGCACCCCCACCUGCUGCAGCUCCGGCACCAGCAGCGGCACCUCCGCCACCUGCACCGUCAAUGCCUGCUGCUUCGGCAGCCGCCCCGACAACCGGCCUGGGUGGUCGCCUCUUUGCCAGCCCCCUGGCGAAGCGACUGGCAGCAGAGCAAGGCAUUAACCUAGCUCACAUACCUGCUGGAAGCGGGCCAGGAGGAAGAAUUGUGGCUCAAGAUUUGGCUUCUGCCGCAGCCAUGCCGAGGGCGGCAGCAGCUGGGGGUGUUGCAUCAAAAUACGAGGACAUAUCGCUCACCAGUAUGCGUCAGACAAUCGCGAAGCGGUUACUUCAAUCAAAACAGACAAUACCACACUACUACCUCAGUACUGAUAUCAAGAUGGACGCUGUCUUCAAGCUUCGUGCCGAGUUCAACAAGAUGAUGGAGAAGGAUGGUGUCAAGAUCUCUGUGAACGACUUUGUGAUCAAAGCAACCGCGCUGGCGUCCAAGAAAGUGCCGGCCGCAAACUCUUCCUGGCAGGACACCUUCAUCCGAGAGUACAAGUCUGUAGAUGUGAGCAUGGCAGUGAGCACUCCAGAAGGACUCAUCACACCCAUCGUUUUCAGUGCUGAGAAAAAGGGGCUUGCGGAAAUCUGCCAAGAAACAAAGGCAUUGGCUGCGAAGGCGAGGGAGAGGACAUUGCAGCCUCACGAAUUUCAGGGUGGCACCAUUACAGUGUCGAACCUGGGAAUGUUUGGCGUCAAGAACUUCUCGGCCAUUAUCAACCCACCUCAGGCCUGCAUAUUAGCAGUUGGCAGCACUGAAGAUACACUUAUACCAGACGAUGAAAGCAGUACAGGGUACAGGACGGCUAAGGUGAUGUCAGUGACCCUGAGCUGUGACCACCGCGUCGUCGAUGGUGCCGUUGGUGCACAGUGGCUCCAACACUUCAAGCAUCUACUCGAGAGGCCACACUUGAUGUUGCUCUGAGCACGCUUAAUUAAAAUGUGCCAUGUCCUCUGUGUAAUUUAUGCCGUGUAGGUAGAAGGAAUGUCGACAUCUUGCGACCUGCUCAUCUCUCCUCCGCCAUCCUUCCCCGAUUCUUCGCGGACCCAGCUGAGACAAUGCGCCCAGGUGCUUGGCGUCGCAGAGAUUAUGUUGCAGUGACUUAAAAGAAAAUUUUGUUGAAAUCCAGCAGCAAAGGAAAACAUCGAAGCACUUCGAGGAAAUGAAGUGAUGGAGCUGGUGUCUUCUAAAGGAGGACAAUGUGCUUGCAGGAAGGUGUUGAUGCCAGUGAUAAUAAUAGAGUGAUUAAAAGACAAUUCUGUCAACCACCAA